CCCCCCUCCCUGCCGCCCUCCACUCAUCCUCAUCACACCAAUAUGUUUGCAUCGCCUGCUGCUCUACCUCCACCUCCUCCUCUCACCUCAAACACUCUGCCGGUCCCUGGACACCAAGCUGGGAGUGCCUACUCAGAACAAGACCUUCUCCGGCAGGAAUUAAACACUCGUUUCUUGGCAUCUCAGAGUGCUGAUCGCGGGGCAUCACUGGGUCCACCUCCAUACCUGCGGACUGAAUUCCACCAGCACCAGCACCAGCAUCAGCACCAGCACACACACCAACACACACACCAGCACACCUUCACCCCUUUCCCCCACGCCAUCAUGCCCACGCCUGCACCACCCAUGGUGCGUACCCCAGGCAGAAAUUUCGACAAAUACCCCACUAAAGUUGACCCCUUCUACAGACACAGCCUGUUCCACUCUUACCCCCCAGCGGUGUCUGGCAUUCCGCCCGUCAUCCCGCCAACGGGGCCCUUCGGAUCUCUGCAGGGAGCGUUCCAGCCCAAGACCUCAAACCCUCUAGAUGUGGCAGCCAGGCCUGGAGCCGUCCCACACACACUCCUUCAGAAAGACCCUCGGCUGACAGAUCCGUUCCGGCCGGUUCUCAGGAAACCAGGAAAGUGGUGUGCUAUGCAUGUCCAUAUAGCCUGGCAAAUUUACCACCACCAACAGAAAGUAAAGCAGCAGAUGCAGGUUGACCCACACAAGUUGGACUUUGGCCUCAAACCUGAGUUCCUAAGUCGACCCCCAGGUCCCACCUUUUUUGGAGCUAUCCAUCACCCUCAUGACUUGGCACGACCUGCAUCGCUUUUCUCAGCAGCAGGGUCCACACAUCCCUCAGCUGCACCUUUUGGACACCCUUCACAUCAUCCUAGCAACUUUCUUACCCCAGCACCCCACUUUGAGCCCUUCAACAGACCGUCUUCAUUUGGAGGUCUGGCCUCAUUAAGCACUGCAGCCUUUGGUGGACUGGGAAACCCAGCACUCGCAUCCAACUCUGUAUUUGGCCACAAAGAUGUACCCAGCGCACAACAGCACUUCAGCGGACCCCACGAGCCAUGGAACAGACUCCACCGCACUCCGCCAUCCUUCCCCACCCCACCUCCCUGGCUCAAACCUGGAGACACUGAACGCAGCGUGUCGGUCAGCUCCCAUGAGAGAGAACGAGAACGGGAACGAGAAAGGGACCGAGAGAGAGAACGUGACCUGGACAAAAGGGAUUCAUCAGUCAACAAAGAUGAUAAGGAGCGGGAAACUGCAGAAAAGAGACACCAGAAUCACCCAUCCCCGAUUCCUGUCAACCCCCUCACUCUGAUGAGUCACACCCGAUCAUCUGAGCCCUCCCGGAACCACAUCCCCACUAGUGAAUCUCGGGAUAAAGAAAAGCCCAAAGAUCGUGAGAGAGAGCGAGAGCACUCGGACUGGAAAGACUCCAACACAGAUGAGCACAAGAUGAAGGAGAAUCACCACAGUGACAAAGACACUCCCAUCAUCCACGACGGACGGGUUUCUGAAGACAAGCUGGCAAAUCGGGUUACAGCGUCACCCUACAUGCGGUCAGGCACCAUAGAUCGGGUGAACGGUGGGCUGACUCGAGAUGUUCUGGAGAAAAAGUCAGAUAUCACCUAUGAAAAGAAAAACAGUGAAGUGAAGGUGAAAGAAGAGAGGAAAGAGGAGCAGGAUGGUCCCAUAAGGAGAUCCCCGGAGCAGAGAUCCACACCACAAGCACCACCUCCUGCUGCUCUCCACCCUCCAUCUUCAAUGCCUGUACCCAUGGGCAUGCCCAGUAUGCAUCCCAUAAACAGUAUCAGUAGUCUGGAGAGGACUCGUAUGGUGGCCCCCUUCAUGGGUAUCAGUCCCAUCCCAGGGGUAGAGAGGUUCCCCUAUCCUGCCUUUCAUUGGGAUCCCAUGAGGGACCCUUACCGGGGACUGGAUAUCCACCGGAGGGAUCCGUUAGCUCGAGAUUUGCUACUGCGGAAUGACCCCCUGCACCGGUUAACAGCGUCGCGCCUUUAUGAAGCGGAGCGCUUGUAUCGGGACCGUGAGCCACAUGACUUUAACCGAGACCUCCCUCACGGACUGACCUUGGAACAGCGACGGGAACAAGAGCGGGCGCACAUAGAGGAGCGGGAACGUCUGCACUUGCUCCGAGAAGACUACGAGCAGGGGCGUCUGCACCCGAUGCAUCACCCUGCUUUAGACGGACACCUCCCUCACCCAGGUCUCAUGGCCCCUGGACUUCCCAGCAUGCACUACCCCCGUGUUAGCCCCUCCUCUGCCAUAGCUGCCCAGAACGGAAUCCUCAACAAAACCCCUCCCACCGCAUCACUCAGUGCCCCACCCCCUCUUAUCCCAACCCUAGGAGCGCGUUCCACGUCUCCCAGACGGACUACCCCACUCGGCACUGACAUUAGAGACAGACCCCCUUCACACACACACAAAGACAUCGAGGCACGGUGAGACCCCUGAUGGACUGAAAUGGAUCUCAAAAGCAAGCACUUGAGGCUGUAUCAUAUCUGUGUAUAGAUUGUGCAUUAUUGAUUGUUUUAGUUUUUUUGCGUUUUGCUUUCGUACAAAAGACUGAGAUUUUUCAUGCUCUUUUAUCCUGUUCAUUGCUGUUUAUUCUUAAAUGUACAGUCCACUGAUCUUAAACAAUUGGACAAGCGCUAGAUCUCCAACAUGGGAAAAUGGUCUUGGAAUGUACAGGUACCUCAAUACAUUGCAAAAAGGCAGAACUUGUAGAUAUGUGGAAAGUCGGUGUGUUUCUCUCCUUGAGGAAAAAAAAAAUAAGGUACAAAUAUGCAAAUGGGUAUUAUGAAAGCUUUACUUUGAAAUUCUGUACAUAGUGGGCAGUGAUCAAAAUGAGAGCGAGUGCACAGUCUCUGGUUUUAGUUUAAUGCUGCAUAUUAAUAGUUUGGAAAGAUCAUAUUGUCCAAGAGACCACAUCCCUUCUUUCAACUAUGCAACUCAUGCGUGGGUUUUCUCUCUGUAUCACUUUUCUCUCCUCUAUAGUACAACCAGUCUCUACUGAACCCUCUCAUUCUAUAACAGUACAUGCUCACAAAUGAGAAACAUUACACAAGAGUUUUACUCGCACAUCUGACAAACAUGUUCCCUAACUUUUAAUCCAGAAACAUGCUUUUGUUAUUCAAGCUAUAAAGAUCUGUGUUGACAAUCCUUACAAAUACACCAGUGUUCCAAGAAGCUAACAAAACAAAAUUCUCUGAAUUAAUUACCUCUAAAUGAAAAUUCUGGCAAUUUUAAAAAGAUUGCAAAAUUACAACACAUCCCAUCAUGUCACGAGAAACGAAAGCAGGACAAUUCUCUAUUGGUCUAACUGUGUACUAAAGUGUUAUCUACACAUUGUGUAUCUACACACUGAUAACGUAAGUUGUAAGCUAUGAACUGUUUGUUUUUAUUGAGCAGAGAUCUAUUUUAGUAGUCCAUUGGAGGGAUAGUUGUGCGCUUUUAAACUCUGUGAAAAUCAGCUGUUGUGCAGUGUUAUUUUAUUUUUUUCAUUUAAUUUACUCUCUUUUUUUAUCAAUCAUUCAAAUGUCCACUGAAGCAGUAGUGGGUAGUCAAUAUGUAUUGCAAAGAGAUUGUAAGAAACUUUUUUGCUGUUUAUCAUGUACGUAAAAAAUUAAGUCCUUUCUAGAUCAUGUACAAAAAAGGGUGAGGCGACAGCAUGCUCCUCAGUUAAACUUGUGUUAUGUAAAUUGUGCCAUGUUAUUAAAAAAUGUGAACUAA